AUGGGCGUCCCACAGGGCUUCGUCCUGAGCCCAUUCCUAUUUUACGCGGCACUGGCUGGACUUCCGGCAGCCAUCCCUGCAGACCCAAGGUUUCCGACGCAGUGCUCAGUGUAUGCAAAUGACGUGGCCCUAUGGACGCAUGGACCCAGACGGAACCUGCAAGCCAUCCGGUCAUCAUUGCAACGAUCUCUGGAUGCAGUAGCUGCAUACUUCCUGAGCAUCGGACUUCUGGUCUCCCCCACAAAGACAAAGGUUCUGCUCAUCCAUCCGUUAGCUGCCGCUCAUGUCACCGUUGGAAGGCUGGUGCUGGGCGGCACACCCAUACCAUGGGCCAAGGAGGUCACAUAUCUGGGGCUCCAGGUGGACCACCGUCUCACAUGGAUGCCCGCUGCUAAGGCUGCCACCAUCAAGGCUCGCAGGGUGAGAACAGCUGUCAGCGGCCUACUCCAGCGAGGAAAAGGAUGCACAUCCCGAUGGGCGUUACGUCUCUACCAUGCUGCUGCCACCUCCAUGUUCCUGUAUGCACUGCCUAUGGCGAACCUAACACCGACCCGCAAGAAGCAACUUGCACUGGAACAUAGGACAGUCAUACGAGAAUUCUUAGGACUUCCACGCCAUUCACCGGUGGCUGCUACACUGGCAGAGGCCCAGGCUUGGCCCCUCUCGCUGCUUAUGCUGCGGCAAGGGCUGCUCCACAUAGACCGCCUACACCACACUCCUGACGGCGAUGCCCUGGUGCGCAGAUUGCGGAGCCGUCCCUCCUCCCGGAUGGGCAGCAUCUGUGCACUGCACGGGGAGCUUGUAGGCCAGUCCCCCACAGCAGUGAUACCAUCCCCACCCCACCAACAGCCAUUGGAAGUCCAUCUCCAGUUGGAGGGGAAGCAGAAGAAGAUGUCUCCACCAUGCGAGCUGGCGCAGGCAGCGUUGUCGAAGCUGCACGUACUAGGUGGGUAUCUCCACAUCUUCACGGAUGGUUCUGUCCUCCCAUCCAAUGGCUCGGCGGCCGCGGCCUGCAUAGUACCGGCAACUGGAACGACCCUGCAAUGCCACCUCCCAUUUGCUGCGAACUCCACAGCAGCAGAGCUGGCCUGCCUCCACUUGGCAGCUGACUUCCUUGCGGAGCACCCACCGCAGGUGCCCGUAGCCAACUUCUCAGACUCUCGCCCGGCUCUUCAAGGACUACUCCAACCCGAUCGAGCUGGAGUCACCGUCAUCCUGCUCCUAGCCAAGCUCUUUGCUAUUCAGAGGAGUGGCAUCCCCCUCUCGCUCCACUGGCUGCCCUCACACGUAGGGAUAGCUGGAAAUGAAGAGGCGGAUGCUGCAGCCAAAGCAGCCCACAAUGCUCCCGUUGCUGUAACCACUGGGGUAGCCGCAUCGGACUAUACACGGCAUCGGCUGCUGAAACUGCUGACCACAGACCACCCGGACGCGCGGGUGGCUAACGCUAAGCCACCCCAGCCUCUCCCCGAGAAGGGACUUACGAGAGGAGAACAGGUACUCCUCCUGCGCCUCAGUACAGGCAGCGUUUGGCCUGCCGCCCGGAAAUUCAGAGUAGGGAGAAUCGGAUCACCUGCCUGUAGGAGGUGCGACUCCCCUGAGAUCCUGGAGCACCUCCUAUGCCACUGUCCAGGACUAGCCCUCUCAACGACAGGAGAUGACAGCCGCAUCCCGCCUCCUCGGCCUUCCCGCUACCACCCUAGAAGACCUUCUCUUCAUCCGCCUAUCCCCGGUGAAUAA